AGGAAGAAUGUAGUUAUAGUGGUGAGACGCGAGAUCAGUUAUAUUUUUAUUGUCGACUGACAUAUUUCGCGAAGCUGCCCGUAACGAAUGUUUGACAUCGAGGAGGGAAAGAGAAGAAAUGCCUGAAAAUGUCGGGUAAAAGUGAAACUCGGUGAUCUAAGCUGAACAAAUCCGCAUGUAGUGAAGGGAAGUGAAUUUCGGUGGAUUAUUCGCGUUCUCUGUUGGAAGGUCACGACUGUCGGUAAACGGUUGCGUCGGAUACUGGUUAUUUGAAAGUGGGGAAUCUCCGAGAAGCUGAAUCGUACAGGUCAACACGCACGGUACGAUACGAUACGAAGGGAAAAGGAGACCACGUACUACCAAGAUACGUCAACGAGAGAACGCGCGUAUGCUGCAAAUCGUUCGACAAAAAUCUGCGAAUGGAGCACGGAUUAAAAUAUGAGUAGUACCGUGGCAACGGAAUCAUCCAUGAUCGUAAGCUCUUUGCUCAACGGUAUGACAUCUACAACCACCGAUCCUUUAAUUUCCAAGGGAAAAGCAGCACCAAUAUUUUUACAGACAAGAGCUGCUCAAGGUAUUGCCGGUGCGUUUGUUUGGGCAGCACUCUUCUUAACUUGUCAACAGAUUUACCAACAUCUAAGGUGGUACACGAAUCCAACAGAACAAAGAUGGAUAGUGAGAAUUCUGUUUAUAGUCCCAAUUUACGCAACGUAUUCUUGGGUCUCCCUUUUAUUUUUUAACAGCGAAAGUUAUUAUGUUUAUUUCUUCACUGUACGAGACUGUUAUGAAGCAUUUGUUAUAUACAACUUUUUGUCUCUAUGCUACGAGUACCUGGGUGGUGAAGGAAAUAUUAUGUCCGAAAUCCGUGGUAAACCUAUUCGUUCCAAUUGCCUAUACGGAACAUGCUGCCUAGUUGGGAAAACAUAUACUAUCGGUUUUCUUAGAUUUUGCAAGCAAGCCACCUUGCAAUUUUGCUUAGUAAAGCCAGUAAUGGCGUUUGUCAUUAUAUUUCUUCAAGCAUUUGGACAUUACAGAGACGGAGAUUGGUCCCCGGACGGGGGCUACAUUUACAUAACUAUAAUUUAUAAUAUCAGUGUGUCCCUUGCCCUUUACGGACUUUUCCUCUUCUAUUUUGCUACAAGAGACCUGCUAACGCCUUUUGAACCUGUCUUAAAGUUUUGUACCGUCAAGAGCGUCAUUUUUCUUUCAUUUUGGCAAGGAGUUUUACUGGCUAUUCUUGAAAAAGCAAAUGUAAUUUCACCUAUAAGCUUAGGCCAGUCGACGAGUGCGGGCACUGUUUCCGCUGGUUAUCAGAAUUUUUUAAUCUGCAUCGAAAUGUUAUUUGCCGCUAUAGCGUUACGUUAUGCGUUCCCCUAUCAAGUAUAUUCAGCUGGUUGUGUUACAGAUUCAAGAGGAAGAAGUGUAACAAUGCAAAGUAUUAGUAGCAGUUUAAAGGAAACUAUGAAUCCAAAAGAUAUAAUGACUGAUGCCAUCCACAAUUUUCAUCCACAAUAUCAACAAUACACACAAUAUAGUUCAGCUCCAAAGGGACAACGUGGUAUGCGGAUAUCCAGUUUUGAUCCAGACGAUCCGCAGAAUAUGCCGGUACCGCCGCCGCAAAGACGACACACUUCUCAUCAACGUGUUGCGACAAUUUCUCAAAAUUAUAACGAGAAAACAAUGCUGUUGAGCAGUGACGAUGAGUUCCAAUAGAUGCAAACAACGCGGGUUGCACGCGAACGAAAAAAAAGAAAAAAGAAAAGAAAAGGAACACUACAUUAACGUUGGACUUUCGUGAAAUUAUAAAUAUCUGGUCUCGAGAAAACUACAUAUAAACCGUUAAAUUGAUUGUACAUCAUUAAGUAGGAACUUGACUCGCUCACAGAACAAACGGCAGAUAGACAAGAAAGAAAAUCGUAUGAUGUAAAAUAAUACAUCAUACUGUAAUAGUUCCAUAAUGUUACAUCCAUGUUAAUACAUGUAUUAUGUUACAUCAUGUAAACAUAGCAUAGAAGAUAUUUAUUUUAAUAUGCUGAACGUGUUUAAGGCAGUGUUACCUAUAGAGGUGGUUCUACUACAAUAAUGUAACUAUCUUUUAAUUUACGAGGCGAUCUAAGUUUCUUGAAAGAAGGCAUUGUACAGUACUUAAUAUCUGAAUACUCACAAAUACGUUGCCGUAUUAUUUACCGUAGCCGAUUGAUAUUUUUACACUUUUAACUAACAUUAUCUUAUACGUUUUUACAUAAAUAUUUCCAAUUCGAAUGAAAUUAACGUAAAUUUUUGCCAAUGAAAAAAACACUUAUUUUAUGAAAUACACAGAGAAAAGUACAUCCAAUUCUUGCACGUGUCCGGGAAAUAUAUAACUGAGCCACAAAAUAAAAACUCUUUGCGUCCUAGAUUAAAGAACUAAUGAGUGUAUAUAUCUUUAAAAUAGAAUGUAUUUAAUAAUGCAAAAAUUAAAAAACUUUCCUUUGAUGUAUUUGUUUUAUUCGCAUAUAAGUAUUUGAUACUUCAUGUUUUGCGUUAGCGAUUCUACACAUAUACACAUUU